CACCCACUCCCAGGUAACCGGUCAUGCGUGCCGAGCUGUCUUCUCCAAUCAGAGCAGCGCUUCGGUAGGCAGGCAGGUGAGCCCGGGCAAUGCCGGGUGCGCUGCGCUGUUAGGCAGUUAGCCGGAGAGUUGCCAGGGCAGGCGAAUCAGUAGAAGCAAAGAGUACGCAAAAAAACCGGCAACAGUAUAAGCUGCUAUAGAAGACUGGAGGGGCUCUGCUGUACUGGAUCAAAAUAUAUGCACACACACAUUACGGGUGUCGCGUCAUUCAGUUGAGUUGACACACACGUUGUAUUUAUUUACUCAAGAUUUGGCUACUCCAAAUCAUUGUGCUCCGAGAGGUUUCUGCACGGUACAGUUCUGGGUGUGUGUAAUCCGUAUGUGGCAGCAGCAGGUGGCAUUGAGUGAGUGGUUGACUCUUAAAAUGUACCGGUCGUGGGCUUGAAGACAUCAAUGUGCUGCCCUGGAGAGGAGUCGCGGGUGACAGAUCGCAGAGCGAGCAGAGGGAGGACUGGGAGCGGUAAUGCUUAGAUGAGGCCAGUGAGAGCAGCAGCAGCAGCUUCCCACACCGCCUGCCUGCCUGUCGGAGGAGCAGAGCCACUCACACUGUGAAACACAGAGGAACUGCACCUCUUAGCCAUGCUGAGCCUGAAGCUUCCCCGGCUCUUCACUAUCAAUCAGGUGCCAAAAGUGUAUCAUGAAGACAGCAUUAUCUUUGGGUAUCGUCACCCAAGGAGCUCAGCCAAAGACUGCAUCAUCAGUGUCUUCCAGCUGACCAAUGAAACACUGAAUAUCUGGACACACUUCCUGCCUACCUGGUACUUCCUGUGGAAUCUGCUGGCCGUGUUGUACACGCUGGACGUGUGGAACGAUGCCUUCUCCUGGCCGCUGAUUGUGUUCCUGGUCUCCUGCUGCAUCUACCCCUUCACCUCCAGCUGUGCGCACACCUUCAGCACCAUGUCUCCUCGAGCCAGGCACGUCUGCUUCUUCUUCGACUACGGAGCGCUCAGCCUCUACAGUUUAGGUUCUGCCAUUUCCUACUCUGCAUACGUUAUCCCAGAUCAAUGGAUAAACAGCACCUUCCACCGUUGCUACGUGCCGAUCGCAGUGUUUAACACCAUCGUUUGCACCGGACUCGCCUGCUUCUCCAGGCUUGGUAUACCUUUUGUCCAUUAUAACCAUGACGUCAUAGAAAGGUUUCCAGAACUGGAAAGACCAAAGCUGAGUAAAGCCCUUCGCACACUGGCCUUCGCAUACCCCUACAUGUUCGACAACAUUCCAUUGUUCUACAGGAUAUUCCUGUGCUCCGGAGAGGGCUGCACUGACAACGAGACGAACGCCCUGCACUACAGACACACAGCCCUCGCCUUCCUCACCUGCUUCCUCUUCACAACGCAUCUCCCUGAGAGACUCGCGCCCGGGAGUUUCGACUUCUUCGGGCACAGUCACCAGCUUUUCCAUAUCUGUGCAGUUAUUGGCACGCAUUUCCAGAUGAAGGCGAUAAUGAUGGACAAGACGCUACGACGUGGCUGGCUCAUGAGUCACGCUCCCGCCACCACUUUCACAGGGACUAUAGCUGCUGUUCUAGCCUGUGUCACAUUCAACCUCUGCAUGAUCCUUGCGUUCUCCUUGGCCACAUGCUGGAAACCAGACUCCUCCAAGAAACUGGGACAAGAAAAGGCCACUACCUCGCUAUAUAAUCAGAAAGCUUUAUGAAUGUCUCUUCCAAGAAAGGGACACACAGCAUUUGCACUGCAGGCUCAGUUGUGCUAAGGUGCAUCGUUGGAUUAAGCACACAUUAGAGCAAGCACAUGUUUGCAUUUUUGAUACUGGACAGUAUCUGCCCAAAUGGCUUUGUGCCUUACUAGGUCAAUUGUUUGUGUUUUUUGUAUUUAACUGUUACUUUGUUAGGAAAGUGUUUUAUAUUGGACAAUCACAAUCAAGUGAUUUAUUGAGGUUGUUCUGCUAACCCCCCUCCCGUCCCGCCCCAACCCAAAUACACUAGAUCUUUUUACAUCAUUUUUUCAAUUAUUUCUAAAGAUCAUUUUCUAUUACAUAACCUUGUAUAGUGUCGAGAAAAAAAAAAAUAUAUUGUUAGCUCGAUCCUUUGAUUAAACCAUCCUCAGCUUUAUCAAUCACUUUUGAUGUGGUUAAGAGAUUUAAAUAAAACAUGUGCAGUACCUUCUAUACUGUAUGUAAGUGGCAGAAUGUGAACAUCGCACACCCACAGUUACAAGUGAGGAUUCUAUUAAUGCCCUUUGCUCCCGACUCAGUUUUAAUGCUAUUUUCUUACAGAACGUGUUUUAAAAUGUCUCUUGAUAUAAUAAACGACAAACCAAAAUAUUAA